AGGACAAUUUAUUAUGGGUUUAUCUUUGUUUAAUGUAUGUAUGUUGAUGUUGUAGUAAUAAAAAUUUAACCCCACCAGCCAUAACAUAAUACCGAGGAAAAAAUGGCACAACGCAACAAUUAAAACUCCACGUAGAUAUCGUCUCCCUCUCUCUCUCUCUGUAUAUUCUGCAGCGUGAAACAAGAAAUCCAUGGCCAAGAACAGGAAAAGGGUAGCAUAAACAAGGAUCGGUGUUGGGAAAAGGAAGCUACAAAAGGGUCUGGUAUGAAAAUCGCAUCCGACACCGUCGGCCCCACAUCUCCCAACAGAGAAGAAGCGUUUUUUCUCCCAGGUCCCUUUCUCCCGUGUCCUAAGUAGAGGUGGAACAUUCAUUUCUGAAUCUUUGAGUUGAAAAGAUUUUAGCAGGAUUCUUGUUUAUCACACCAUUAAGAAACGAGCGUUGCUAGUUGCAAAUGCAGGAGCAUUCUUAGAAAAUUAUGAGAUUUAGAGACUGAGUAAUCACAAUGGGUGCUUGUGUAUCGUCAGCAGCUACCUCGCGUAAACAUUUGAAAACCGUUAAGUUGAAGAGAAAGCGCCGUGGUUUCUCAAGGAAGCACCGUUCAGCUUCUAUUACAGAUGGAAGCAGAAAAAGAAACAGUGAUUCCGGAGCUCGCGUUUCGGAUUUUUCAGUAGGUGAGUUUCAAACGACUACCACCUGCAGAAGAUCCGAGGUCUCCAGUUCCACAUUCCAUCUCACUCAGUUGCAGUGGCAUCAUAGUCAAAUUGAUGCUAAUGGAAUUUGUCAAGAAGAAGCAUGGUUUGACACUCUCAGCAUUCUGGAUUCUGACUCGGAUGAUGAGUUCAACAGUGUCCAUGGAGAUUUCUUUCCUAACAUUUCGAAUGGACAAGUGCUGCAGCAUGAUACUUCAUCUUACUAUGUGGACAGCAAGAAUAACGUCAAAGAAUACCGUGAGUCAUUUGUGACUAAAGAUGGAGUCAAGGAGCCAAAUGGUUCCUCGUUAGUAAUUACCCAAGGGAAAGAACCUCCAGCAAAAAGUGACGAGUCCAAUAGCAAGAGGAAAAAGAACAUGGAUCGAUCCUGUGUGAGUUUUAGCGGAGUGAGAGAUGAUAAAAAUGAUCACGAGGAUAAUAUCCCCGAGAAGUUAUUGAAGUCUGUCUUACCCCGUCUGGUUCCUUCAGUGAGUUUUAAUGAGAAGAUCAACAGCUCAUUGAAUUCAGGACCUCAAUCUCAUAGGAAGAAAUCAGCUGUUAUUCGGCUCUCGUUCAAGAGAAAAUCUUUAGACGGGGAAGAAAUGAAUGAAGUCUGUUCAUCGAAGUAUCUUUAUCGUCCCAGAGCUGGAUUAAUGAUUCCGUGUUGUUCUGAUGAGAAGCGAACUCCUGGAACUUGGUCUAAGAUAGCGCCCUCGACCUUUAAGCUACGUGGAGAAAAUUACUUUAAAGAUAAGAAGAAAGCCACCGCACCAAAUGUCUCUCCUUACACUCCAAUUGGCGUAGAUUUAUUUGCUUCUCAAAGAAAGAUCAGUCACAUCGCCCAACACCUCGAUCUGCCUUCCCUAAAAGCAGACGGGAAAGUCCCAGCCCUGCUAAUUGUCAACAUUCAGCUGCCCACUUAUCCUGCACCUAUGUUUCUUGGUGAUAGCGACGGGGAGGGCUUGAGCCUCGUAAUGUAUUUCAAGCUUUCCGAGAAUUUUGAGAAAGAAAUCUCGCCCCAAUUUCAAGACUGCAUAAAGAGAUUGGUGGAGGAUGAUAUGGAAAAGAUUAAAGGGUUUGCUAAAGACUCAACUGUUCCUUUCAGAGAAAGGCUAAAAAUUAUGGUUGGGGUGGUUAAUCCAGAAGAUCUCGUCGGAGGUUCUACCGAGAAAAAACUUCUCAAUGCCUACAACGAGAAACCAGUUCUCUCCCGUCCUCAGCACGAGUUUUAUCAGGGACCCAAUUAUUUUGAAAUUGAUCUGGACAUUCAUCGCUUCAGUUACAUAGCAAGAAAGGGACUCGAAGCAUUCAGGGAGCGGCUAGCUACCGGAAUAUUGGAUCUCGGGCUAACAAUUCAGGCACAGAAGCCAGAAGAGCUACCUGAGAAGGUCCUCUGUUGUGUGAGGUUGAACAAGAUUGAUUUUGUGAACCAUGGACAGAUACCUACCAUAGUCAAGCUCGACGAGUAACGAGCCGCCACCGGUACCUGAGAACACCAGCCUUUGUGAAGGUAUCUGCUAGUUUAUGACUAGAACAUUGAUUUUUAAUGACAAUAAUGUCUAGAAAUGUUCCAGUCCCCUCAUCUCUGUAACAUGUUGUAUUGAACCAUAGCCUACUGUGCUAUGGGAUGUAAAUUUUUAUUUAUUUAUUUAUUUUUUCUUGUUCUAUGUCAGAUUAAUAUUGGAUGGUAUUUUCCCCUGAAGUUCCAUUUGAAGGAAGCCCUUUUGUUUUCUCUUUA